CAUGGGGAAGGAGGGGUCAGUUUCCAUGGUGUGAACACAACACUGCAGAGAGUUCAGACUGCCUGCCAGCACAGAGCUCCUUGGAUUUCUUGUGAGACACUGUUUUCUGCCAUGGACUUGACCAAAAUUUCAGACAUGACAAAGCUCCAUCAAGCUGUGGCUGCUGGGAACUAUAAUUUAGUGAAAAAGAUUUUGAAGAAAGGUCUUUGUGACCCAAACUACAAGGACAAAGACUGGAAUGAUCGGACCCCACUUCACUGGGCUGCAAUCAAAGGGCAAAUGGAGGUGAUACACAUCCUGAUAGAAUAUGGAGCCAGUCCUUGCCUGGUGACUGAUGUAGGCUGGACCCCAGCCCACUUUGCCGCUGAAUCAGGCCACCUGAAUGUGCUCAAAACUCUCCACGCACUGCAUGCUGCCAUCGAUGCUCCCGACUUCUUCGGAGACACCCCAAGAAGGAUCGCACAGAUCUAUGGGCAGAAAGCCUGUGAGGCAUUCCUGGAAAAGGCAGAACCCGAGUGCCAGGACCAUCGCCGCGCCGCCCUCCAGCAGGGGCUGCCGCUAGAGGAGCGGGACCCAGAAUGGGAAGCCAAGAAGAGGGAGCUGGAGCUGACUCUUCCUUCCCGGAAUCCAAACUCUAGGAAAAAGGAGAAGAGAAGCCGAGGGGCCCCCAGGCUCAGCAAACCCAGGGAGCGGAGAGUGUAAGGCGCCCUAGGGCUGGGCUGGUUUCCCGAUAGGGACUGGUCUGGCACAACAAUGCCAUUCCAUUUGCAAGUCUCUCCUGGGCGAGCUCCCUGCGCUAGCGCUAGCGUAGCGGCUGUUGUCCCUCACUAAAAUCCGCUGUGCAAAGAGGUUCCCAGGAGGGGCCGAUUGCUGCUUGCAUUUCGUCCUGGCUGAUUUGCACUGCCAGCAUCUCCUGACAAUGCGUCUGCCACCCCCAACACAUCCAAUAGUAGAAUUUCAGAGGAUAAAGGAAAAGUUCUCUUAAGGCAACAAAAAAUCCUCAACAUAUCAGUUUGGCCAAUCUAUGGGGAAAAAUUGAUUUGUUGUCAAGUGAAGAAGUGAAUGGAUGCAUUUCCCAGUUUCUAGCUAUUCUUUGAUUUGUGUGGAAGGGGUCCACAGUCUCAGCACGGUCAUUUCUACAAAAGGGAGCAGCGCAGGCCAUAAACCAGUGCAGAGAGGAGUGACUGAAACCCCUGGCAUGAAUUCAUUCAUGCCACAGCACUCAUGAGAGAGAAGGUAAAACACUGGAACAUAUUACUAGAGAUCUACUUCUUCUACUGUGAGUUCUAGAACAUUUAAAUAUAGACCAGAUGUUUCCAAUAAAUAUACAACAUCUAAAUCGAGAUGUAAAAUGUAUGCUGGAUUUUGAAGACUUAGUAUAAAAAAGGUAAAAUGUCUCAUUAAUAAUAUUUCAUACUGAUUUCAUGUUGAAAUAUUAUUUUGGAUAUUGGGAUAAAUAAAAUACAUGCUAAAAUGA